UUGGAUGUUUCCCACUUCGUGCAACCCUUUUUUACUCUCGCAUGAUAACCGUCGGUUCUUUUCGAAAACAUUUUCUAGCUUCCCACUUCCCAGUACUGACUACAUCCCACCGAAAGCCUCGCUUGACUGCAAAUCUCUCUCUCGCGCCAGCCCAUUUUUUCGAGGAAUAAAGCUUUGGAGCUAGCCAACAAUGGCGGGGUACAGAGCCGACGACGACUACGACUACCUCUUCAAGGUGGUCUUGAUUGGGGACUCGGGCGUGGGCAAGUCGAAUCUGCUGUCCAGGUUCACCAAGAACGAGUUCAACCUCGAAUCUAAGUCCACCAUUGGCGUCGAGUUUGCCACUCGCACCUUGAACGUCGAUGGCAAGGUCAUCAAGGCUCAGAUUUGGGACACUGCUGGCCAGGAAAGGUACCGUGCCAUCACCAGUGCGUACUAUCGUGGAGCAGUAGGUGCACUCCUUGUGUAUGACAUCACUCGUCAUGCAACAUUUGAGAAUGUUGACAGAUGGCUGAAGGAGUUGAGAGGCCACACAGAUUCAAGCAUCGUCGUGAUGCUUGUUGGGAACAAAUCUGAUCUUCGCCACCUAGUAGCUGUUUCAACAGAGGAAGCGAAAUCCUAUGCUGAAAAGGAAUCACUUUAUUUCAUGGAGACUUCAGCACUGGAGGCAGUAAAUGUAGAAAAUGCUUUCGCUGAAGUUCUGACUCAAAUCUACCACACAGCAAGCAAGAAGCAAAUGGAAGGAGGGGAAAAUGGGGAUUCUUCAUCUGUUCCAGCCCAAGGAGAGAAAAUAAAUAUCAAAGAUGACAAAUAUGGUUUGAAAAAACUUGGCUGCUGUUCAAGUUAGAAAUUAUGGGUUGGAUUGGGCUUCUUGUACUGUGUAUUAUUUUUAGAAAGAUACAAACUAGUAACAACCAGGAAAAGGAAAUUCUGUCGGGAUAUUAAACUUUGUUUGUUAAACCACGGUGCAUUUGGAUGUAGGUGCAGAAUAGGCGCAUCACAUGGCUUGGCUUUCUUUAGAUCUAUUACAAUGUUUUUGUUGUUUGAAGUUUCCUGAGCAGAAUUUGUGAAAAGCUGUGCUGCUAGCAUGCUAUGUUUGCUCUGUUUACUACUGGACUCCGGUAUGUAUAAGCUAAAUAUGUUUCUGAAAAGAUUUUACAUUUCCUGCA